AUGCCAUUCCAAUUCGAUUCUCGUAGGUCUGCAGUGUAUUCUACUAAAGGGAUCGUUGCUUCAUCUCAGCCAGCGGCUACUUCCGCAGGAGUGAAAAUCUUGGAGCUUGGAGGAAACUGUGUGGAAGCAGCCGUUGCGGUAUCUGCAUGCUUGUGCGUAUUAGAGCCUCCCUCAACUGGUAUUGGUGGUGAUUGCUUUGCUUUAUUCUAUGAGAAGAAGUCCAAGACGGUUCAUGGAAUGAAUGGUUCAGGCAGAAGUGGCCAAAAUGUUGGAAUUGACGACGUUUUGAAAGAACUAAAUGAUCCAGAUGCCUUGAGGAUUCCCUGGAGCUCGAUUUACUCGGUGACGGUUCCCGGAGCUAUUGCUGGUUGGAUUGACUCAAUUGAAAAAUGGGGUUCCGGUAAGGUUACCUUGGAACAGAUCUUUGCACCUGCAAUCGACUUAGCUAGAAAUGGGUUUGUAGUUCACGAAAUAUCUGCCAACAUUUGGCUCAGCUGUACCACAAAAUUGAAGAACCAGAACUUAAACUUGGACUUUGCUAAGGGAGAAAACGCCUUCCUCAAUCAAAACGGGGAGCCUCCAAAGGAAGGUGACCUCUUUUAUAACUUGAAGUUUGCUGAAGCACUUGAGAAAGUUGUGAAAUAUGGUAAGAAGGGCUUCUACGAAGGAGAAGUUGCAGAAGCCAUCAUAAAGACCACUUCUGCCAGAGGACAUAAGCUUACAUUGGAUGAUUUGAAAAAUCACAAGACUACAUUCUUAGAACCUAUAUCAAUUGCCUUUGAAAAAACCAGGGUAUGGGAAAUUGCUCCAAAUGGUCAAGGUCUAGUGGCAUUGAUUGCAUUAGGGAUGCUUCAAGAGCUUCAUAAUGAAAAGAAGAUUGACCUUUACAAUUUGAAGCACAACUCUGUCGAGUAUUUGCAUGUCCUUAUCGAACUUUGUAAGUUGGGAUUUUAUGAUUCAGAUGAAUAUGUUUCUGAUCCAGAUUUCAAUAAAGCACCAUUAGAAGAACUUUUACAUAAGGACUACUUGAGCGAGAGAUCAAAACUAUUCAAAGCUGACAAGAUUUUAGAUGGUAAUGUCAUCACUUACGGUGUUCCAAAUCCUUUGAAUAAGUCUGAUACUGUGUAUUUCACUGUCUCUGAUUCUAAUGGAGAUGCGUGCUCAUUCAUUAAUUCAGUUUACGAAGGAUUUGGAUCUGCCAUUAUUGUACCAGAAUUUGGGUUUUGCUUGCAGAACAGAGGAGCUAAUUUUAACUUGGUGAAGGGAUCUAAAAACUCUUUAGAAGGAGGAAAGAGACCCUACCACACUAUUAUUCCAUCGAUGAUUACCAAUUUGGCAGACGACUCACUAUUCGCGUCAUUUGGGAAUAUGGGUGGUUACAUGCAACCGGUUGGUCAUGUGCAACAUGUACUUAAUUUAAGUGUGUUUGGAAUGAACCCUCAACAGCUGAUUGAUCAACCUAGAUUCUGUUUGAUUCCAGACCCCAAGGGAAAGGACCAUGGUAGAGGUGCCGAUGGUCCAGUUAGUACCCCAGUUACGAUAGUAGCCCUAGAGGAAGGGAUUGAUGUAGAGGUAGUUAAAGGCUUAGAGAAAUUGGGCCACACAGUUUCGCUAGUCAAAGGCUAUAAAAGAGGUUUAUUUGGAAGAUCCCAGAUCAUUAGAGAUAAUAGUAUAGAUGGAAAGUUGAUUUAUUCUGCAGGCUCAGAUCCUAGAGGUGAUGGUAUAGCAAUUCCGUUGAUUUAA